CUCGUCUUCACUCCUCAAUUCCUGUGCUCGCCAUCAUUUCUACUCUCCACUCCCGUUUGCUGAGGCCUCUAUUCUCAGCAGCUUGACAAGAAGUUCGUAAUGGCAGCUCUUAGGACAGCUUCGCGCCUGGUCGCGCCCUCUCGAUCCAUCUUCCGAUCCUCCCUGGCUGCGAGAUCCUAUGCGACCGUUACCGAGAGCUCAACUUACGAUACCUCUGCAAGCCGACCUCCUACCCCUGCCUCUCAGACUACGACUGCCGAGGAACCUGCCCCGAGCAAGAGUGCGAAGAUCAAGACUUUCCACAUCUACCGAUGGAACCCAGACGAGCCAACCUCCAAACCUCGGAUGCAGUCCUACACGUUAGAUCUGAACAAGACCGGCCCUAUGAUGUUGGAUGCUUUGAUCAGAAUCAAAAAUGAAGUUGAUCCUACCCUGACUUUUCGCCGAAGCUGCCGAGAGGGUAUAUGCGGCAGCUGCGCCAUGAACAUCGAUGGAGUCAACACACUGGCCUGCCUCUGCCGAAUCCCUACAGACACUGCAAAGGAGUCACGGAUCUAUCCCCUGCCCCACACCUAUGUGGUAAAGGAUCUUGUGCCAGAUUUGACCCAAUUCUACAAGCAAUACAAGUCCAUCAAGCCGUAUCUCCAGAGAGAUACCAAGUCUCCAGACGGCAAGGAGAACAGGCAGUCUAGGGAGGAGAGAAAGAAAUUGGAUGGUCUAUACGAGUGCAUCCUGUGCGCAUGCUGCUCGACCUCUUGCCCUUCGUACUGGUGGAACAGCGAUCAAUAUCUCGGACCUGCUAUUCUGCUGCAAUCAUACAGAUGGCUCGCCGAUUCGCGUGACCAAAGAAAGGCGGAACGAAAGGAAGCUCUAGACAACAGCAUGAGCUUGUACAGAUGCCACACCAUCUUGAACUGUUCGAGGACAUGCCCCAAGGGAUUGAAUCCUGCGAAGGCGAUUGCAGAGAUCAAAAAGAUGAUGGCCACAUAGUGGUGACCAUUUAGGCCGGGGGGGAUUUCAUAGGAUGAUAUGGAUUGAGAGUGCUUGAUUGACAUUUUUACUUGCGCCUUCUAGUGCCACGAGCGAACUCGCUUUGUAUACAAUACAUAUGGUCAUGAUUCAUUUCUAUACGUUUUCAGAGUCUGAUAUAUCAAUUAUAUGGAUA